UCACGAUGAUUCCUGGGCGUGACUAGGCAUACGUCUCCCUCACAGGCGGGAUCAGGGCGAUUGAUGAGGAUGACAUGGAGGAAUUUCAUCUCCAGUUUAUAAGUGACGACCUCCAUAAAGUUCAAGUUCCAGUUCGUGUCAUUGACGAUAAAGGACUUUCAGGAGUGAAGUUUUUCAAAACGCCGAGUUUUAUAAAAGGCUCUGUGCUCUGUCAGUUGAGUUUUCGAUUAUCACCUCUCAAGAGAGAUCUGAAGAAAACCCCAGUGGAGUUUUUUGGCAUUCCAGUCGAUGAUGAAAUCUUGUCAAAUCCGCAAGCUACGGACGUUCUGGCGAUUGGAAGACAAUUCGUUGCUUCAGAGGUGUAUGAAGAUCUCCUUGACCGCCUUGAUAAAGGCAAUAUAAAUGAGAGGCAGGCAACAAAAAGCUUCUACGAGACUCUUGCAGGACUGAAAAUCGAAUUCCAAACUGAGUGCUUUGAAGCACUUGUCAGGAACCUGAGUAGCCAUGGCGGAUACCAACAUGUGGCUGAUCGACUCAAGAAAGGUAAAGAUGCUGUUUGCAAAUCAUUGAAAACGAAUCGGAAAGUGAGGAAAAUUGUAUCAGAAAAAGUGGAGCAUAAUUGGAAGAGGCUGGCAAGAGAGCUGGGGCUUACAGACGGAAUAAUUGAAGCGAUUUCUGAGGAAAAGCAAAAUGAAUGUGGAGAAUGCUGUUAUAAAGCUCUACAAACAUGGUGUGAAAAUAAGGGGGCAUCGGCCACGAUCAGAAAAGUCAUGGUCGCACUGAAUAGAAUAGGAUUAGCGGACAUCAACAACGACAUUGUAGAUUGUCUUAAUUUAACAACAACGGCAACAACAGCAACAACAGCAUUUACUUAAAUACGAUAAAAAAAAAUCAGCAAACCUGAUGUGGUCGUGUACAAACAAUAAAACUAAAUUCCUAACUAAUUACAAGAAUACUUAUGCAAGAUUUCUACACAUUUACAGCAAUAAACAUUCUACAUAAUACACCAUUAUAUUAGGUAAAGAUGCUGUUUGCAAAUCAUUGAAAACGAAUCGGAAAGUGAGGAAAAUUGUAUCAGAAAAAGUGGAGCAUAAUUGGAAGAGGCUGGCAAGAGAGCUGGGGCUUACAGC